AUGUAAUAUGACUAAUUACAUAGUUUCUUAGAUUUAAUUUUGAAUGAUGAUAUAUCCUAUUCUGUAGCAAAUUGGAAUAGAGACUAAAAACAAAAUGAUAUUUGGAGUUUAUUAGAAAUUCUCGAGGCUUAACAUAGCAAUAACGCAAAUUAGAAAGUAAGUGAUACAGCUAAACAAGUUAAUCAAUCUGAUUAUAUCAUUAUCAGAGACAAUAUUUCUCCAUAUAUUUAAUUAGCAAAUUAUCCCAAUAGACACAAAAGUGCUCUAAUCAGACAUUCUAAAACGUGA